GAACCGCCCUCUCCAGCGCAAAGGGCGGGCUGCAGGAGAUAGAGCGUAACGCAACCUAAGGACCCGACGACCCCGCCCACGGACCAACGGCCAUGGUGGACUCGAAACUGCUGGUGCCGGAGCUAAACGAGGCAGAGGUAAUGGGUGCCGAGACGGCGCGUUUCGAGGAGCUGCUGCUGCAGGCCUCCAAGGAACUCCAGCAAGCCCAGACGAGCAGACCAGAAUCAACACAGAUCCAACCGCAACCUGGCUUCUGCAUAAAGACCAAGUCAUCCCAAGGGAAGGUUUUCAUCAACAUCUGUCACUCUCCUUCCAUCCCUCCUCCGGCCGAUGUGACGGAGGAUGAGCUAUUGCAAAUGCUGGAGGAGGACCAAGCCGGGUUUCGCAUCCCCAUGAGUCUGGGAGAGCCGCAUGCCGAACUGGAUGCAAAAGGCCAGGGCUGUACCGCCUACGACAUAGCUGUCAACAGCGACUUCUACCGGAGAAUGCAGAACAGCGAAUUCCUGAGAGAACUCUUGAUCACCAUCGCCAGGGAGGGCCUGGAGGACAAAUACAGCCUGCAGCUGGAUCCAGAGUGGCGCUUGUUGAAGAACCGGGCUUUCUUGGGCUCCAUCUCCCAGCAAAACAUCCGCUCCCAGCAACGGCCUCGGAUCCAGGAGCUGGGAAACCUGUACACCGCCGACUCCUUGAGACCUAAGGACGGUCCUGAGAGGCCUCACCUGAACCUUUGGCUGGAAGCCCCUGACCUCCUCUUGGCGGAAAUCGACCUUCCCAAACUGGAUGGAGCUCUAGGCCUGUCGCUGGAGAUCGGGGAGAACCGCCUGGUGAUGAGAGACCCCCAGCAGCUGUACCAUCUAGAUGCCUACAUCCCCCUGCGGAUCAGCUCUGAUGAGAGCAAGGCGGCCUUCCAUCGGAAGAGAAGGCAACUGAUGGUGGCCAUGCCCCUUCUCUCCGUGCCUUCUUGACCUGCUGGCUCCCUGUGUUUCCAAGAGAGGAGAAGAUGGUGGUAGCUUCUAUAAAAUCGAUAUAAAAGAUUUUUGGCCCUGGCUGCUGUGGCUCAGUGGAUUGAGUGCCAGCCUGUAAACUGAAAGAUCAAGGGUUCGAUUCCCAGUCAUGUCACAUGCCUGGGUUGCGGGCCAGGUCCCUGUUGGUGUGCAAGAGGCAACCACACACUGAUGUUUCUCUCCCUCUCUUCCUCCCUCCUCCUCCCUCUAAAAAUAAAUAAAUAAACUCUUUA